CUGGCUUCGACGCGGUCGUGGCGUGUUUCCCGUCUCUAGCUUUUCAUGUUGCGAAUUUUCCGAAAUCGAAACAUUUUCGAACAAGUGUAAAAAGUUCUUUAAAAGUGAUAGUGAUGAUUUAUUGUUGACUAUUACAUUUUUUUUCUAAUAGUUAAUUUAAGUUUGGUUGUACAGUUUUUAAAGUUCGUUUAUUAAGAUGGACGAGCUAAAGCUAAGUAAGCAUUUACGAAGAUAAAUAGAAAGCCGAAAUUAUGUUCCACAUGAAAUUGUUGAUCGAGUCCAAUGUUAUCCACAAUGCUUUGGGGGCUGCCAACAAGACGGAUGCCAAGGUCACCGACAACACGACCUACAUAUCGAGGAGAAACGAAAGCCCCUACUCUAUGGAGGACGAUGAGUUUAUAUUCGACAGAACAGAUGUUAGAGCUAUAUUUAUAACUCUCUACACAAUUGUGUUUUGCUGCUGUUUCUUCGGCAACCUUCUCGUCAUCCUCGUAGUGACUCUGUCGAGGCGACUGCGCUCCAUUACAAACUUUUUCCUCGCCAACUUGGCUGUGGCUGAUUUAUGCGUUGGAGUGUUUUGCGUUUUCCAAAAUUUAACAAUUUAUCUCAUUCCAAGUUGGGUGUUCGGAGACUUCCUCUGCAAGAUGUACCAGUUUGUGCAUUCCUUGAGUUAUACAGCUUCGAUUUUCAUAUUGGUUGUGAUAUGCACUGAGAGAUACUUUGCCAUUAUUCACCCUAUCACCUGCAAACAGAUUCUAACUUCGACGAGGUUGAGGUUGGUGAUACUCGGUGUGUGGAUAACAAGUGCCGCCUACAGCGCUCCCAAGUUCAUAUGGGUAGAGACUAUCACAAACGAAUUCGGUGAUGGCCACGUGGAGACAAUAUGCAUUCAACACCGAAUGAAAUACAACUCAGAAAUAUUCGACAUGGUUAACUUCGGCCUCCUCUACGUAACCCCGCUCUGCGUAAUGACGGUGCUGUACACAAGAAUCGCAGUAGGGUUGUGGCAGAGUUCCCACGGGCUAGGCCAGAUGGGCCAGGGCCAGUGCUGCUCCUCGCAAUGUCCACGAGCGGACAAACCCUCCCCCGCCAACGACGCCCAAAGGCCACUCGGCACAUCGGAAACUAAGGGAAAAUUGUCGACACCGUCAAGAACAAAGUCCUGUCGCGAGACCAGAAGUUGCCACCAUUUGAGUCAUCUCUCCCGCAACGUGCUGCGUGCUCGACGCGGCGUAGUACGAAUGCUGAUUGUGGUGGUGCUGACCUUCGCCAUAUGCAAUCUGCCGUUCCACGCGCGUAAGAUGUGGCAAUAUUGGUCCAGCGGCUACGAAGGCAACAGCAACUUCAGCGCUUUACUGACACCGCUCACGUUUCUAAUAACGUACUUCAACUCUGGCAUAAAUCCGUUAUUGUACGCGUUCCUAUCCAAGAACUUCAGGAAGGGUAUGCGGGAAUUGCUCUUCUGUAACUUUUCUGGGAAAAGGAAGAGCGAUAACUUGAUAUUGUUGAACCGGGUCGGCGGUGGGGGACUACGGAGAAGUUCGACCCGAUCUACGCGAGCUAACUGCAGCACGGUGACCACUGCGCCAAAUGGAGAGUCAUGAGGUUUGCAGCGACGACGGUAUCUCUACAAAAUCGAGAACACGGACAUUUCCUGAUUAACGGACAGCACCGACGAGGUAACCGACAGCAGCGGCUUUUACACUGUCUCCACCAUAUCAAGGAAAGAUCUGUAUGAUUGAACCGUGACAUCGAACGAGCCGUUGAUUUCUGGUUAAUUGGAAAUGAUGUGUAGUGUGGACAUUGUUAAGAAUAGUGAUCUCAUGAGCUUACCAUAGUGCAUAAAAUGAUGUAUUGGACUAUUUAUCUAUACGCUGUUCAUGUGCAAAGAUAAAUAAACAAUAGGAAUGUAUGAUUGUAAUAUAAUGAAAUCGUUGAGCAUUUUUUUUCAUAGUAUAAAAUGUGACAAACUUUGUACCUAAUGUUGUAAUUAAUGUAAGCUAACAUUGCAACGUUUUAUUAUUAAUAGUUUUAAUUACGCAUAUUGAAAAGUUGUUCGAAUAAUAUUUCUAGUUUUCAUACAAUUUGUACAUAAAAAAUAAAGUAUUAGUGCAAACAAUCUGUACAAAAUGUAUUAUAGUUUGUAUAAAGUUUAUUAGAACCUACAUAGAUUUACAAUAAAGUUAUCCCCUCUGUCUAUAUAACUAUAUCUAUUUUAUCGAUUUCGAUAACCUUUCUCUAAGUCUUUUUUUAAAUUUUUAUCUCUAACGUUACAUACUUCAGUACCUACGAGUAGUUUAUAGAAUACAUCACAGAUGGGAACAUGUGGUACAUUUAAUUUCCGAUUCGCAGUGGCUUCGCGUGUCCUAACCACGGCGAACGGUAAAUAUUUAUUACGUGUAGCUACGCUAAAGUUAAGGUUAAAAGUACCAAUACCAUUUCACUUUAUAGUUAGGAAUCGCUAAAUCGAUAGCUGUGUAUUUGUGAAUACAUGCUCCAACCUAUACCUAAAAUAAUGAAGUUUACUUUUAAAAUAUUUUGUAAAUAUAAAAUAUCAAUAUUUUAUAAAUAAAAAUAAAUAUAUUAAAAUAUUUUAUCUUUUGAAGCUUCUCCA